GAAAGCCACAUACGCUCUUUCUCGCACAUUCCUAUACUCUUUCCUUCUUCGUGGUCCCAACUUUCUAAAAUUCCAAUUCUACCCUUUUCUUCUUCCUUCCAUAUCUUUUUUUUCUUUCUUCUAUUGUUGUUGUUGUUGUUGUUGUUGUUGUCUUCUGGAACUUCCGAUCUGUCUCUCCUCAUCUCUCUCCUCUCUCUUUCUUAUCAAUACGUUUCUCCCAGAACAUUCUAGAACUUCACAAUCUCUCUCUCUCUCUCUCUCUCUCUAGCUUCGUGAUCAUCGUGUGUUGUGUGUGUUAAUCACGGGUUCUGUCUGGAUUGUGACAAUCUCAUUUGUUGGUUGGUGGAGAAAAAAAGAUUGCGUCAAUAGAGAGAAGUUUAUUUUUUUUUUGGAUUUUGGGUCUAAUGGGUUUUGUGAAAGACGUCUCCUUUUCUCUCCUCGGUCUAUAGUUUCAUGUAUUUGGAUCUUAUGAUUCCAAGUUUCAUCAAGCUUACACAACAUUUUUUUUGGUGUGUUUUUGGAUUUGGUUUUAGCUCAUUUUCAUCAUUUUCUCCAUUCUUUAAUCUUAAUUUUUGGGUAUUGAAAAAGUUGAGGUGUGUGUUUGGGGAUCUAUAAACUCAUGCCAGGGGAACAAACCGGAGAAACUCCGACUGUAGCCGGCGUUGGCGGCGGUGGAGGUGGUUGUAGCGCUGGGAAUAGUGGUGGAAGUAGUGGAUGUGGUGCCGGCGGUGGUGGUAGUGGUGGCGGUGGUGGUGGAGGCGGUGGAGGAGAUUCGCAGAGGUCAAUCCCGACUCCGUUUUUGACGAAAACGUAUCAGCUUGUUGAUGAUCCGGUUUACGACGAAUUGAUUUCGUGGAACGAUGAUGGAACCAGUUUUAUUGUGUGGCGACCAGCUGAAUUCGCUAGAGAUCUUCUUCCCAAAUACUUCAAACACAAUAAUUUCUCAAGUUUUGUUCGUCAGCUCAACACUUACGGAUUUCGAAAAGUAGUACCGGAUCGUUGGGAGUUUUCUAAUGACUGUUUUAGGAGAGGUGAGAAGAUUCUGCUCCGGGAUAUUCAACGGCGGAAAAUCUCUCAGCCUGCUAUGGCUGCCGCUGCUGCAGCGGCCGCGGCGGCAGUUGCAGCUUCAGCUGUUACGGCGGUUCCUGUUGUAGCUCACGCUGUUUCUCCGUCCAACUCUGGAGAAGAACAGGUGAUAUCGUCUAAUUCUUCGCCUGCGGCUGCAGCUGCUGCUACAGGAGUGGUUGGUGUUGGUCUGCAGAGGACAACAAGCUGUACUACUGCACCAGAGCUUGUCGAGGAGAACGAGCGGUUGAGGAAAGAGAAUAUGCAGUUGAGUCAGGAGUUGACAAAGCUGAAAGGCUUGUAUGCAAAUAUCUAUACGUUGAUGGCAAAUUUCACACCAGGUCAAGCAGAUUGUGCGAAUUUGUUACGAGAAGGGAAACCAUUGGAUCUUUUACCGGAGAAGCAAGGGAUGAGUGAAGAAGCGAUGGCAAUGGCUUCUAGAAUAGAUGCAGGGAGUGAUCUGAAGCUUGAUGAUGAUUUGACUCCGAGGUUGUUUGGGGUUUCCAUUGGGUUUAAGCGAGCUAGAAGAGAGGAAGAGUUGGGUGCUGCAGAGGAAGAGGAUGACGAUAGACAAGACGCAGUUGCCCGAGAGGGAGAAGAAAGUUCUGAUGUAAAGCCAGAGCCCAUGGAGGAGAAUAACUCCAGUAACCAUAAUGGACCUUGGCUUGAACUCGGAAAAUGAAAACGCUUUUUAGGUCA